AUGUCUGCAACAGAACAGCUUGCAAAGAAGGGAGAAAAAUUCAUUGAUCUCCCUUAUGUUGUGAAGGGUAUGGAUGUGUCAUUUAGUGGCAUAUUGAGUUUUAUUGAAGCUAUGACGAUUGAAAAGCUUAAAAAUAAUGAGUGCACACCUGCAGACCUAUGCUACUCAUUGCAGGAAACUGUCUUCGCCAUGCUUGUUGAAAUUACUGAACGUGCAAUGGCGCACUGUGAUUCAAAGGACGUUCUUAUUGUUGGUGGCGUCGGUUGCAACGAACGUUUACAGGAGAUGAUGAGGAUUAUGUGCUCAGAAAGAGGGGGUAGGCUGUUUGCAACUGAUGACCGCUAUUGUAUAGACAAUGGGGCAAUGAUUGCAUACACUGGUUUACCGGCGUAUGCACAUGGUGUGACCACUCCCCUGGUGGAGUCGACAUUUACGCAAAGAUUCCGAACUGAUGAAGUUCAUGUGAUUUGGAGAGAGAAGGAGAUGCCGGUGCUAAAUAACAUCCAUUCAAAUGCAAUGGCUGAAGUAUCUAAAGAUGAAGCCUCCAUGCCGACACUUAUUGAUGGGUACGUCCUUGAGGGUAAAGAGCUUGAGUUCUACAUGAAGCUUCAGCGCAGGAAGGGCAAGGGCGCUACAGCUUAG